AUGCCGCAAUCGCACAAGAACCUUUCAUUCUUGCAGUACCACGCCGAGACGAAAGCCUGUGAUCAGUGCAAUCUUCGCAAGUUAAGAUGUGACAGACAACACCCUUGUCGUCGAUGCACGGAGAAGGACUUCACGUGCACAUUUGAUAAGAAACACAAGAGGAGGGGGCCGUUGGGCAGUCGGGUUGCGGAAAUAAGGAGGGAUCAAGGGACCAGUUUACAGGGCGGCUCGCCUCAGUCGCUACAUGGAGAAGAUGAUAGACAAUUUCCGUUGCCAUCGACCACUCGUUUUGAAGAUCAUCAGGAAUACGUCGACAGCUUAGAAGGCUCAGUCCAGACACCAAACUCUGGUGAUCAUCCAUCUCCCCCAGCGGUGCUCGCUGGAGGAGAGUCGUGGAGCGGUGUCGAAGCAACAGAUCCCAAUGCCGAACUCUACAAUAGCACCCCAAUUAGUCCUAGUAUUUUCUUGCCAGGUCAGGGCGAUUGGAGCUAUCCUGAAGCGGGACCAGAACAGAAGACACAGGAUGUAAACAUGGAUGUGUUCCAGGCGAUGCCGAACCUUGGCUUCCUUCUGACCUCAGACCGCCUCCUCCAGUCGUCAUCCCUGAACUCUUUCGACUUUCCACCCUUCAGCAUGCAGACCAAUAUCAACGACCCCGCAAUCACCAAUUGCUGCUGGCCCGCAAAUGUCAAUGAGUCGUUCUUGCUUCCGUUGAUAGACACCUACUCAACGAGGCUUUACGCCACAGCUCCGAUAUUCAAACGAUCCUAUCUCCAUCAGCGAAUGAUAGCUCAGGACCACCGGAGUUGUCCGCAAUUCGGCGCUAUGCUACUUGCCUUGGGUGCCUUCAUGCUCAUUCAGCCCAUUCUAAUCGACGAACGCAGCUCUAUAGCAUAUCGAGAGUCUCAAGCCCUCCAUUUGAUGGGCGAGGCAGCUAAGCUGCGGUGUAUCCCUAACUUCGGGCAGGAUCCAUCACUGGAAGCCGUCCUUACAAGUUACUUCUUAUUCGGCUGUCACUUUGGUCUAGGGCAGGAUAACGCAGCCUGGUUUCGACUCAAGGAAGCCGUUACGUUGGGCGAUAUGAUGGGACUGCAGGAUCCAAUAGCUUACUCUGGACUGAGCGAAGAAGAAAAGCGCCAGAGGUUACGGACCUACUGGAUUCUAUCAGUCACUGAACGAGCCUAUGCCCUUCAGCGCCAUCGAAAGAUUCAUCUUCGUCGACACCCAAGCCCAGUCAAAGACCCAAUCCCACAGAAUAACGACGAGGCGGAUGCCAAAACCGUCUCUGGCCUGAAGCGCAUGGUCGAAUUAUUCGACCUCAUAGACGAACGACUCGUUGACUGUUGGAAUGGGCACUGCGCCGCCGACAAAGAAGGCCGGUGUACCAUGUUCACGCGUGAAGACGCUGUCAAGUUCUACAAGAUCCAGUAUAUCACUCUCCAAUCCCAAAAUCUUUACACUCCCGCGAAUCAUUCUGCUAAACCUGGCAAUCCCACCGCCAUCCUGCCUGAAAGCGACACAUAUUUCGCCGACAGAUUGCCCGAGACUCAGGAAGUUGAUAUCUUGAUCAGUCGCCAGUGGCUGCACCAUCGAAUGUGGCAGCUUUGCCUGAAGCACGAGUAUCUCACUCAAAAUGACGAAAUGCCCGAAUUUCGAUUAGACUACAUUGCCACGAUUGCCCAGAAACUUCUACGAGUCUGUAGGACAUCGAGCCUAAGUAGUAUGGAGGUCCAUGGAGUUGGGCUUGUUGAGAAAGUUCAUAAUGUGGCAAUGUCUCUCGUUCGAUUCGCAACUGGCCAGAUCAACGAAACAGGAUCCGAUACGAACCAGGGCCUCCAGAGACAGAACGCCGGUCCAAAGAAUGCAGCUGUAUUAUCAUCUUCAGUUUCGCCGUCGCACACUAGAGAAUUGUUGAACGGAUUUCUCGCCUUCUUUGCACUUUUCAGAGGUGGCAGACAUCCAUACUUGCAGCCCUAUAUAAAAGUUAUGAGUACUAUCACGCCUGUACUUGAUGCAGAAGACCUGGAGGAAGAGUAUUUAAAGUAUUAA